ACUAACAGAUUAAUUGUGUAGAGGUAAUGAGAUGCUUUGAUGUACACCAGGAUGUGUUAAUGUGCAGUGGUCUUAAUUGUUGUUAUCAGGGCCAGACUGCUCCUCCCACUGGACCCCCCAGAGGGCGGGAAUGAGAAUUAGAGGGAGACGUGCUUGGAUUGUGUGUGUGUAAAAAAAAAUGGGGGCAUCCAGUUUGGUCCCAUACUGAUUCCAAGAUCCCGAGCGCGGCGGGACGCACAUGAUCUCCACCGAUGACCUGGAGUACCCGCGCGAGUACCGGUCGCUGGGCAAUGGCGGUCGGCGCUUCUCCAACGUGGGCCUGGUGCACACGUCCGAGCACCGGCACACGGUGAUGGCCGCCCAGAGCCUGGAGGCGCUCAGCAACCUGCACAAGGCUGACAUGGAGCGCAAGCGCGACGCCUUCAUGGAGCACCUGAAGAACAAGUACCAGCAGCAGCAGCCACACUCGCUGCCCCCGUCACCCUCACCCUCGCACUCCAGCAUGAGGGAGAGGCCACAGGAGAGGAGUGCCCGCGAGCAGCAACAGCCAAACUACUGGAGCUUUAAGAGUCGCAGUCCGAGGCACUCUCAGUCCACCCAGUCGGGCCUGGCAGAGCAGGCCAGUAAGCUGUCCUUCGCCUCGGCCGAGAACCUGGAGAGCAUGUCGGAGGCCGACCUGCCCAUGGGCUUCAGCCGCUCCAGCCGCUUCCGCCAGAGCCUGCCGCUCUCGCGCUCCGCCAGUCAGUCCAAGCUCCGCUCACCUGGCGUGCUCUUCCUGCAGUUUGGCGACGAGACGAGGCGGGUGCACAUCACGCACGAGCUGACCAGCAUGGAGACGCUGCACGCCCUCAUUGUGCACAUGUUCCCGCAGAAGCUGACGGCGGGCAUGCUCAAGUCGCCCAACACGGCCAUCCUCAUCAAGGACGAGGCCCGAAACGUCUUCUACGAGCUGGAGGACGUGCGCGACAUCCAGGACCGCAGCAUCAUCAAGAUCUUCCGCAAGGAGCCCAUCUACGCCUCCUACCCGGCCUCACACCUCGCCAACGGGGACCUGCGGAGAGAGAUGGUGUACUCAUCCCGCGAGUCCUCACCCACGCGCCGUCUGAACACGCUCCCCUCCUCCUCCUCCGCCUCUCCCCCCUCCAACUCCCCGGCCCGCUCCCGCCUCUCCUACAGUGGCACCACGGGCCGCCCGCCCUCCUUCCCCCCGCACCCGCACGGCCACCACGGCGCACAGCACCCCCACCCCCACGGCCACCACGGCCCCCAGGCCGCCAACGCCGCCCCGGGCCUGUCCCACUCGCCCAGCGCCAUCCUGGAGCGCCGCGACGUCAAGCCGGACGAGGAGAUGUCGGCCAAGAGCCUGGUGCUGCUGAGGAACGAGGGCCUCUACGCCGACCCCUACAGCCUGGUGCACGAGGGCCGCCUGAGCAUCGCCUCCACCCAGUCCCUGGCCACGCUGUCGGGGCCACUGGACCCGCUGGGCCCCGGGCUGUACCGGCGCGGGUCCAUGCGCUCUCUCAGCACCUACUCGGCCGCCGGCCUGCAGGGCGGCGACGUGGAGGACUCGCUGUACCGGCCCGGCGCAGGCCUCUACACGGACACCUACGCCACGCUGGGCUUCCGGCUGCCUCCGUCCUCGCCGCAGAAGCUGGCGUCGGCGGGGGACGGGUCGGCGAUGAGGGACCGGGACGUGUUCUCCAGCCCGCCCAGCCGCGCCUCCCCCGUCCGCCAGAGCUUCCGCAAAGACUCGUCCUCCUCCGUGUUCGUGGAGAGCCCCAAGUCCAGACCCAGCUCCAGCUCGGAGCCGCUCAGCCUGCACAGCGCCAACUCUCCGCAGCCCGAGGGCGAGACACGGGAUCGUAUGGAGGCCAUGGAGAAGCAGAUUGCCAGUUUAACUGGUCUGGUGCAGAGUGUGUUGACCAGAGGUCCGGACAGCGACAGCACGUGCGGCCUGCUGCGUCUCUGCAUGAUGGCGGGCUGCCCUCCGGACCAAGGGGUGGAGUUUUCACGGCCCUUCCCUUUCUCUUCCAGCGAGAAGACCGAAUCAGCCAGCGACGGCUCAGCCACAGGAACUCGCCGUACUAAGAGGAAAGAUCAGACUCCCUCCGCUCCGCUGGCCCUCAUGCCUCCGCCCCCGUGCGGGGGAAGCCCUGCUAGCACCGUCUCAAAGCUCCAGAUGCAGCUCAACCUGCACGACCUGAAGCAGAAUGCCACUGACCUGCGCAAACAGCUCAGCCACCUGCGCAAGAUGCAGGUCCAGAACCAGGACUCGAUGCGCACCAUGAUGAAGCGGACAGAGGGUGAGAUCACCAUGCGUGUGUGUGACGCGCUGCGGAAGCAGGAGGACCCGCUCCAGAGACAGCGCCUCCUAGUGGAGGAGGAGAGACUCAAGUACCUUAACGAGGAGGAGCUCAUCAUCCAGCAGCUACAUGACCUGGAGAAGUCUGUGGAGGAGAUCCAGAAGGACUCGACCACCAAUCACAAGCAGGUGCCCAUGCAGGAUCUGGAGGAGAAGGCUGCUGUGCUCCGGAGACUGGGGGAGACCCUCACAGAGCUGAAGAAUCAGUUUCCCGGUCUGCAGAGUAAGAUGCGGGUGGUGCUGCGGGUGGAGGUGGAGGCAGUGAAGUUCCUGAAGGAGGAGCCCCACAGACUGGAUGCUCUGCUGAAGCGCUGCAGGACCAUCACAGACACACUCACAGGACUGCGCAGGCAAGUGACUGAAGGCGUGUGGCAGAGUCAGGAGGACGGCGUUGGGGAAGACUACAGGAAGAGUGUGGACUUUGACCUCCCUACCAGCCCACCCCUGAGCAUCAACGACAGCCUGUCCAACUGGAGCCCCCACUCCCACACCCACAGCCACAGCCACAGCCACAUCCACUCCCACGGCAGCCACCAAUCCCCGGGCCACAGGGACUCCCUGAAGGGCCGGGACGAGCAUGGCGGCCGCAUGGGGCCCGACAAGAGCCUCUCUGUGGAGGUCCGACUGGCUGCGGAGCGGGACUGGGAGGAGAAGCGCGCCAGCCUGACCCAGUACAGUGCUCAGGACAUCAACAGGCUCCUGGAGGAGACGCAGGCCGAGCUGAUGAAGGCCAUCCCCGACCUGGACUUCGCCGCCAAGCAGAUGAAGACCCAGCAGCCCUUCAUCCAGGCCGCGCCCAGCAGCGGCAGCACCAACGCCAACGUCAACGCCAACGCCACGCCCGAUCACAGGCCCCCCAAACCCCAGCAUUCCUCACACAAGAUCUCCAGAGAGGGAAGCUCCAGGCGUGGGUCAGAUGAACUGACAGUGCCGAGGUAUCGCACUGAGAAGCACUCCAAGUCCCCGCCUCCUCCCCCUCCCAGACGCAGUUUCCCAUCAUCCCCUGGGCUUACCAACCGCAGCGGAGAGCCCAUAACGCCUGACAAGAGCCUCAAGAAGUCUGAAUCUGAGGACUCGGACCUCCCGAAGCCCAUGGUGAAGCUGAGGAAGACCCUGUCUGAGGUGCCCCGCCCCGCCUCCACCCCUCCCACCACAGGAGCCCAGAGGGAAGGGGGGGACGAGGAGAGGUCCAACGCAGACAUGGAGGUCCCCCGCAUAGUGCUGACUGGGUGUCACUCUGAGGCUCCACCCAGAGAGGCCCACCAAUCAGCUCCGCAGUACAACAUAACAGGAAGUGACAGGUUCAAGCGAGGUCCCCACCGACACAGCGUCACGGGGGCUGAGACAUUAGUGUGGAGACAGAGCCUGCUGGCAGACAGCAGCCUGCAAACGACUCCAGGGGCUCUCCAGUCCCAGAGGAGGCUCCAGGCAGGAGGCGCCGCUGGGUCACAGCCGCGCCCCAAGAGCCUCUCGGAGGAGCAGAUGGGUGUGAAGGGGGCCCUGGAGGUGGAGGCCCAGCCGGCCAGAGUAGGGACCACAGGCGAGGACAUCCGCAGCAGAACCUACCGCCGGCUGGACAGCCUGGAGGACACCAUCCGGGAGCUGGAGAACACUCUGAUGGAGAUCGGGGCUCACCCCAGCUCUGGGCCCGUCUCCCCCCUCACGCCUCCACCCGAGUGCCCUUCUGACAGCGCGCAGCCGGACCCGACGCCCGCAGAGCCAGCAGGAUCAGGGGGGAACAAGAGGCCUCCGGUCCCGCCAAAGCCCUCCAUCAGACCUCCUUACAUCCAGAGUGGAAACAGCUCCUCCUCUGGUGGAGGUAAGGGACUGCACUCCUCGGCAGCCUUGCGUCUGAAACACCUGCAACAGAGCAACCCGGAGAAGAGCAAGCUGUCCAAGCAGCGCGAAGAGUUCCUCAAGAGCCAGGGCCAGUUGCAGCAAUGAGUGACCCAAGCUGAUCUGGCACGAUCCGACCCAAACCCUCCCACCUCUUCCUCAUCAACCUUCAGAUCUGCAUCUUAGCACAUACUUCACUCCCAACACCUCUUUUCAGAUAUGCUAUGUGAGAUUCACAAGUGUGUGUGUGUGUGUGUGUGUGUGUGUGUGUGUGUGUGUGUGUGUGUGUGUGUGUGUGUGUGUGUGCAGGUGUGUGCAGGUGUGUGCAGGUGUGUCUGUGAGGAAAUGCAUCUUCUUAGCUUUUGCUUUUUGCUUUCUUCACUCCACCUUUUCUUAUGACAUCUUCUCUCUGAAUCCUUUCUCUACCUUUCCUUGUCCCUUAUCGCCCCACCUCUCCUCUCCACACCCUGCUACUGCCCCAAAUACCCCCCCACCCCCACCCGCCCUUCAGGCCCUGGGUGGCAGCAUCCUCACUGACCCCCUUCUCACGGGCACCCGAGCCGCCAGCUUCUCCGGCCGCCUUCCCUCCUCGGGCGGCUCGUCCGUGACCCUGUUCGCCCCGGGGCUGCGCAAGUACCCCCAGGAUGGCGGGGCACUCCCAUCGCUCAGUGCCUCCUCCAGCCAGGCGAGGGCGCUGUUGGCCAGCCUCUCGGCCUCCAGCCUCGGCGCCGAGGCCCUGCUGCUGUCCUCCACGCUGCGGCAGCACCGCCUCCUCCACCCAACGCAGACCAACGGACGCUCAACCUCCUCAUCCCCCACCUCUUCCCCCACGACCACCCCCUCCUCCUCCCCAUCCACCUCUCCCUCAAACUCCUCUCCUCUCACCUCUCUCACGCUGUCCUCUCUGGGGCUGAAGAGUGUGGGUCACAGUCUGAAGAACCCAGCGUCUGGCCUGGGCACGUACAAGGAUAGCAGGAGCAAGCCCAUGCCCAAGGCUACGUCGUCCGAAGCUGUGUGAGGCCUGGGAAAAGGUGGCGCAAAGGAGGUGCAGAGAAGAAGUAGCAGCACCCCAUGCCAAAAAAAGAAAAUACUCCCGUUUUACCCACAUUCCCCCUUUCAAAGGAUCAUCAAAAACACAAACACAGCACACAAAGACACAACUUGCCUCUCCCUCCAGUUUUGUUUUGUCUCUGCCAGUUUUGUUUUGUCUCUGCCAAUUUUGUUUUUGUUUUUCUGUCUCCUUCUAAUCAUCCAGUUUUGGAGUUAAGCAGACUUCACCUCCCUAUCCAUCCUCCAUCCCUCCCCUCUCCAUCUGUGGGUCUCCCUGCCAUCUGCGGCUCAGGCUGAGCUCGACUUGUGGCCCAUCCCAGCCACAGUGCCCUCAGGUUGGGCCCAAGUCCUACCGCCCGCCUGGCUGGCUGGACCGAAGCUACAUGGAACAGACCGGCAGACCUCUGUGUGCUGGCACUCAUGCGGGGGAGGGCGAAAGAAACCAGCUGGACCCAGGCUCAUCACACGUCACCCAUUUGCCAAACUUUCACAUCGGAAUGUAGUGGAGACAAACUUCCUUCCAGUAUAAUAUCUAGACUGUGAACUAUGUUAUAUCAAGUAGAGUUGCAAUAAUAGCAAAACAGUGAAUAGUUUUUCGGUGUGUGUCCAGAUUUGUAUCACUGUUAUCACAAAAAGAGUGGGAACCAUGUUGAGGCAGAGGUGAAAAAAAAGAUGUGGAAAUAUGAAACACAAAAUGGCAGGCUUCUGUUCUUGACCUGUUGACACAAAACAAUGUUUCAAUUGACUGUAGUUCAACACUGGUGCUAUCAUUUUUCAACAUUUGUUCCUUUCAAAACUCCAGCCUUUCUCCAUGCACGCACAAGCACACAUGAAGGAAGCCCACAUAUUCACUGCCUUUGCCUAAACAUUCCAUGAUGUCACCUUUUUGGCCACCAUCUUUUCUCUUUGUGUGUGGGCAUUUGGUUGGCAUAGCAACAGACAGGGUUGUGAGAUUUUGGAGGCUGAUGCUCGAAGCAGGAUUACAGAAGCUGCAGUUGCCCUGCUGGCAUCCUUAGAGCAGGAAGUCUGAUUGGCAUCCUGUGUACUUAGUAUUUAGUCCCAAUAAACGCAUAAACAAGAUUACCAAAAGAUAGAGUGACAGCAGCAGAAGGGACCGCUAGUGCCCAAGUCCAAGUCCGAGUCCAACAGGAAGUAGCAGCAACAUGAGAGAUGGUCCUCAACAGCAGGUCAGAGCACAAGACUUUAGCUUUAGAGAAGCAAAGUUAGAUGUUAGCCGUUAAAAGCAGUUCACUGAAUAAGCACAAGUUACAUUUGUGGACCAAAGGGAAACAUGCCUGAGGCAUACUGACCCAACGAUGGUACCUGAAAAUUUGGAAAUGGGACAGGGUUAGUCAUCCUUACAUGGUCAACACUUUAAGGUGUGUCAAAGCCAGCCUUGCCUGGAAGAAGCUCUGCAUGUUCCACUGCUCCCCGCUGUAGGGCUUAGAGUGGGGUUCAGUCAGAGGUGCAUGAGUAGCAGGGAGGGGAGGUGGGGGG